ACAACAGCAGUGCUGUGCAGCCCUGGUUCCAAGUUAACAGAGCGCCGGAAUGUCAAUCAAAUAAACAAAAAGAAGCGGCGUGAAAAAAGCGAAAAACUGCAGAGAAAUCAAAUUCUGCAGCAAUCGCAAACUAAAUGUUGUAAAUAUAAAUUAAAUUUAAUUCUAAUCAAGUGGUAAACAAACAAAAAACGUCAAGCUGGAGACUCACUUUAUGGCCAAGAUGGGCAAGUGGAUGACCCCCGAAGAGGAGGCACGCCAAAAGUUCAUCAUGCGGGAACGAGAUCGGGAGCGCAAACGCAUCAAACGCAUGAAUCCCGAAUAUCGACAAAUGGAACGGGAGCGAGAUCGAUUUCGCAAACAGACGCCAAGGCCCAGUGUAGUUAUCCCGAUUCAUAUUCUGAUGACACCCGAGGAGGAGGCGCGCCACAAGUUCAUCAUGCGCGAGCGAGAUCGAGAGCGAAAGCGCAUCAAGCGCCUGAAUCCCGAAUAUCGGCGUAUGGAGCGCGAGCGCGAUAGAUUUCGCAAGAAGGCACGACGUGCUAACUUGACGCCCGAGGAGGAGCUGCGCCAGAAAAUGAUACAGCGCGAAAGAGAUCGUGAACGGAAGCGCAUCAAACGCAUGAAUCCCGAGUAUCGCCGGCUGGAGCAGGAGCGCGAUCGUGAUAGAAAGAAGGCGCGACGCGCCAAUGAGGCGUUCCGGCAGCUGGAGAAGCUACGUGAUAAGAUACGCAAGGAGCGCAAGAAGGGUCUCCUGGUGACUGAUCCCACACAACUGCCGCCCGAGUUUGCGGCCAUUAUACCGCCAGUGCCUGUUGAACCUGAGGUGAUCAUAUCGACGCCUCAGACACAGCAACAACAACAACAACAGCAGCAGCAACAGCAGCAGCAUCAGCAGCAACAACAACAGCAGCAACAGCAGCAGCAGCCAUCCACACACCACCAACAGCAGCAGCAGCAACAGCAGCAUCAGCUGGCAGCAGCUGCUGCAGCGGCGGCGCACCAGCAGCAGCAGCAGCGACGCCGCAACAUGUCCCAUGUGCCAAGCGCGACGUCUGGCCUGACGCAGUUGUCGGCGCCAGCUGGCCAUGCCACGCCCACGCAUUUGCAGCAGCUGAACAAGCUGCAGCAGCUGUAUCCGCCGCCCAGCUUUGGGCAUCCCGCCCUGCCCAUUCCCGGCGUAACGCUGAUGCCCCAGCUCUGCCAUCCCAUAUUGCACCAGAAUCUGGGCGCCACACUGUACCCAGCGCCACCGAAUGGCAUCAAGCAGGAGUACGGCUGCCAGGAUGUGAGUAGCUUAAGUGCUGCUGCCGCCGCAGCCGCUGCGACGAGCUCUGCCUCGGCAGUGGCUGCCGCCCAGGCGGCGGCGCUUGCCUCGUUGCGCGGCGGCCCUCAGCAGCAGUCGGACGAUCCUGACAUGGCGCUGAAUCUGGAGCCAGAGAUUAUAUUGCAAACGCCACCCGAUGUCAAUCCCGCGCAGCAGCAGCAGCAGCAUCACUUCAGUGCACACCAGCAACAGCAGCAGCAGCAACACCAUCUGCAGCAGCAACAGCAGCAGCACUGCAACAUGUUUCAGCACAUGGCGCCACAGGCGCAUAUGCAGCAUAUGCGAGCAGCGCCGUUGCCGCCUCCGCCCACAGUGGCGCUGCCCCCGCCGCCGCCGGCGACGUCAACGGCGUCGCAUCAACAACAGCCACAGCCACAGCCACCACCGCCGCCGCCCCCGCAGCAACAGCAACAGUUGCAGCAGCAUGCGCAAUAAUAUGAGAUUAACGCACUCGCCUUUAGUUCUUAAGCUCAACUAGCCACAUACGCAUUUCACAGUUCAAGUUCAUGUUUAUUUUGUUAAGAGAGAGUGAGAGAGACAGGGACAUCGGCUGAGUGUGGGAGAGCGGGAGAGUAUACUCAUAAGUUGGAACUAGUUUUCUAUUUAGCUUUUAGUUAUAUUAUCUCUUAAGUCGCAUUUGAAUUUGCUCCCAAAACCUAUUGGAGAUAUCUCGUAUAUAUUAUUUUACAUAGUUCAUAGGACACCUGAAGUGAACUAGUUUUAGAUGAACUGAACUGAGUUAGUUUUGAUUAUGUUUUGGGUUAUAAUUUUAUCGAAUUUAAUUUGCUAAGACAGUUUUAAGUAAACCCAAUUUAAAAAACUAAUGCAAUAGGACUAGUUCAAUUGGUUCAUAAUCUCGUCUGUUAUAUGUAUUAAUCUUCGUAUAUGCUUCGAAUUUAGGUUUUAUUUAACAAAUUUUAAGUAUUAAAUAAGAGGUUGAAAUCAGAACUAGUUCCAAGUAAUGUAUGCCUUAUUCAGAUAUCUACAUCCAAUUUGUGAGAACUCACAUGCUGUAAAUAAUUUACAGUUGGCAGCUAAAGAACCAGUUCAAUUAAACCCUAGACCCUAGACUAGUUCCCAAACCACAGCACUCUCCCGCUCGCACCCUCAUGCCAGUUCAGUGUCAGAAUGAAAAGAGACUCUUUGACGUCAUUUGUAAAAUGCCGUUACGUUGUGUAUUACGUUUAGUACGUUACGUUACGUUAUUGUUUUUAGUGGGCUUCCCUCAUUUUAUGUCAUAGUUUUGAGCAUUUCUAUGUUUUAAGUCGCUUUUGUUUUUCUCGGUAGCUAAGUGAUAGGGGAUGCAAUUGCCCAUCCGUACAAUACAAUACAUGCAACAUUAAGAUACGAUACUAUAUAUAUAUAUACAUAUAUACAAAUGAUAAUUGAUAUGUACGUUUAACAAAUUGUGUAUCCCAUACGAUAUAUACUAUAGUAUAUAUACAUAUAUUAUAUUAUAUAUAUGGCAAGCCGCAAAUAAUUAAUACGAAUUUAUGCGCAUGUACGAGCAAAAUAUAUUAGCAAAAGCUGUUGCUAAAAAAUGAUAAAGAAA